AUGCGCCCACGAAGCCAACGCUAUAACAAGUCGCAGUGCUACGCUGAUUCUAAUUACCACAGAAUAAUAUCAACGAUAGCAAUCGAUCUAACGGCUCUCGUACUCCGGCGCCCCCGCCGCCUCGCCCCCGCACCCUCCACCCCCACGCCCACGAGAGCAGUGCACCACACAAAUCUGCCAAGGCCCGACGUGUUCCGAUCGGAACACUUUGAUCUGCUUCUGACGGAAUAUCGCUCCGUCCAGUCCUCGACGGCCGCGUGUAGAAUUAAGGGCUGCGAGAAUUAUUGGGCGAGCGGUGCGUACAUCAACUCCUUGGAGAUUCAACCCGGCGGCGCAUCGUACGUGCAUCGAACAGCCAACCCCCCUCUCCCCACCACCACCGCCACCACCGGACAGUUUGACUGUGCAAAAAGCGAUAACAAUAAGUACAGGCAAAAGUGCCAGCUCGCGUCCACCCUUUCCAAGCGAACUGAGCGUGUUGGAGUGGCCGCCGGCGUUGGGGGCUGCCGAUCGCCGCCUGUCCCCCCCCCCCCCCCCCCCCUCGCGCCCUCUCGCACCCCCCCGCCCUCCGCCCGCCGCCCGCCUAAUAUUUUCUAUAUGAAUAUUAACAUCAGCGAGGUCGAAUCGCCCAGCGUUUCCGCGAUAACAACGGCAACGGUGUUAAUGUGCAAUCGGGCCAGCGCAGAGCCGUUGCGUUUCGGAGUCGAGGCGUCGGUCGUGCCCCACGAAAUGCUGACACGCAACUCUCGGCGCACGGCCCUCACGUUUCCGUGGGCACAAGGCCGAUAUUCGAGCAGCAAACCAACGACGCGGGUCGGCGCAAUCGAUCCGGCGAGCAAUUUAAAAUCCACU